AUGGACGACGAACUAACGCAACGGCUCAAAAGCCAUGCACGUUCCUUCGACAGCCUCUUGUCUCUCAUCCCAGCAAAGCUCUACUACAGCGGAGAUGUCAGCGAUCAAUGGAAACGGAAAAAGCAGACACCGGAGGAGAAACGGGCGGCAAAAAUGGCGAAGCUGGACCCCGACAACUGGAAGAGCGCAAAGGACAUCAUGGACGAACGAGCCGCCGAGGCCGCCCUGAAAAGAAAGCGGGAAGCCGGAGAAGACGAAGAUGAAGCCGUCGAAAGUCCCAACGUGGAGGAUCGUGAUGACCUAGAACAACCAAAAGCUGUACUCGACGCACAGCAGCCGAAACAAAAAAAGCGGAAGGUCGAUAUCAAACCCAAGACCGAGACAGAGACCGCUGAGGACAGGCAACGCCGGAGAGCCGAGGAACGAGCGGCAAAGCGGGACCGAAAGAAGGAGAAAAAGGCCAAAGCAAAAGAAAAGGCGGAGCGACAAAAGGCAAAGAAAAGGGCGGCACAAGGUCAAUUGAAUACAACCAAUGAUGACGAAACCCCGGCGAAACCGAAGGAGGUAGCAAAGGAGCUACAACUACAGACUCCAGUUGAUUUGACGACCUCGGUGGGACGGGCAGAGGAAGCUACUCAAGACGCUCGUGCUCAUCGAGCAGCAUCACCAUCCACAGCUUCGUCAGACGAUGAAGAAGAGCCAGAAGAAGUCUUCUCACCACAGCAUGAGUCUGGCGUAUCCUCCACAUCAUCCAUUCAACCAGCCUCGAUCGACGAAACCAUAAAACCAGAGGAACAAACCACCUUACUUCCGCCACCAACCACGUCAAUAAAUCAAGUCGACACGUCCAAGGACCCACGCCAACGCCUCCAAGAAGCUCUUUCUCAGUUCCGCGCCGAACGAAAAGCCGAUGGCACCGACGGCCGCCCACCCAAAAACAGACAAGAACUCCUCGACCAGCGGCGCCGAAAGGAAGAAGCUCGAAAAGUCGCCAAAAAGGAACAAAGAGCCCGCGAGAAGGAGGAAGAGGCCCGUCGCCAGGACGAAGAGAUCGCUCGACGCUUCUCGCCGGGUGGUUCCGGCUCACUCCUGGCGUCGCCUCGAUCCCCCAUCAUCGGUGACAACAACAGCUCCAACAACUUCACAUUCGGCCGCAUCGCCUUCUCGGACGGCACGAGCCUUGACCCUUCUACCUCGGAUGUCGUGGACUCGCACAAAAAGAAAGGGCCCCGAGAUGUGGCCUCGCAGCUCCAGCUCGCACAGGCAAAGAAGGCGCGACUCGCCGGGCUGGACGAAGAGAAGCGCACCGAUAUCGAGCAGAAAGAUAUGUGGCUGAACGCGAAGAGGCGGGCCCAUGGCGAGCACGUGCGCGACGAUAGUUCGCUGUUGAAGAAGGCGCUGAAGAGACAGCAGGGCCAGAAGAAGAAGAGCGAGAAGGAAUGGACGGAGCGGGUGGAGGGCGUGAAGAAGGCGCAGGAGACGAAGCAAAAGAAGAGGACGGAGAAUCUGGCCAAGAGGAAGGAGGAGAAGCGAGCGGGCAAGGGCAAGAAGGUCAAAAGGCCGGGCUUUGAAGGGAGUUUCAAGGGGAGGACGGGUGGGGGAAGGAAAAAGUCGUGA